AUCACUUCUGUUCUCGACCGCUGCCGUCAUGAGGGCUAAACUGGAGAUCCUGGCUCUGGUUCUGGGCACCAUCGGCCUGGUCGGGACCAUCGCGGUGACCGCCAUGCCCAUGUGGAAGGUGACGGCCUACAUCGGGCCCAACAUCAUUGUAAUGGAGACGAUGUGGGAGGGGUUAUGGAUGGCCUGCAUACGGCAAGCAGACAUCAACAUGCAGUGCAAAGUCUACGACUCGCUCCUUAUCCUUCCAGCGGACAUCCAGGCGGCACGCGGGCUCAUGUGUACCUCCAUCCUUCUCGCUGUCUUGGCCGUCCUGGUGUCUGUCUGUGGGAUCAGGGGCACCGAGUGUUGCCAUGAUGACACCAGAGGCAAGAACGUGGUCCUGCUGGUGGGCGGGUGUCUGUUUGUGCUCGCCGGCCUCGCCACUCUCCUUCCCGUCUCCUGGUCGACUCACUCCAUCGUCCAAGACUUUUACAACCCGAUGGUGGUGGAGUCGCGCAAGCGGGAGAUCGGACAGGCGCUGUAUUUGGGCUUUGCCACGUUCAUGUUCCUCCUGGUUGCAGGGGUGAUACUGCUGUGCCGCUACGGCCCCCGUCACAGGAAGGACGAGGAGGAGAACAAGUCGUACAUCCCGGUGGAAAAGGACAAAGUGGGAAUGAGCGUGUUGGGACGGAUACCCUCUUAUGACUCGUACCGUAAGAAUCAGUACGUCUGACAAACAGAACUGACUCACUUCAGUUUAUUUAUUUGUUUCUUUUUACUUUUAUUUCAUUGCAAUUUUUGCAUUUUUUUUUGCAUGUUUCCUGGCCAUCUUAGCCAUAUGCAUCAGGUUAACUGGAUUAAAUGUUCCACUAUUUUAUGUACUAUGUACUUCCACCAUAUUAUGUACUAUUUAUAUUUAGUCUGUUUAAUGUGCCUGAUAAUAUGGUUGUAUAUUAUAUUUUCAAACAUUUUGGCUUGUAGUUCUGUUCUUGUAAGGGAAAACUGAAAUUUCUUUACCUAGCUAUAUUAAGAUAAAAUGUUUAAAUUUUAUAUUUAAGAUUAGUAAACGAAACUAGCUGUCAUUGUAAUUUUUGUAAAAAAAAAAAAAUAAAUAAUUGCAUUAUUUAUUUACUUCUAAUAAAAUACAUUUGUAUUAAAUAUUAUUGUAAUUAACUGUAGUUCUGUCCUUGUAAGAACUGAAAAUAAUGUGUCCACAAAUGUAUGAUUUACACAGCUAAAUUUAUACGUAUCUUAAUUAUUAAAUUAUGAAUGCAGCUAAACAAACUAUCAUGUUAAUCUUUAACAUGCAUCAUUUUACUCUCUCUCUAUAUACAAAUAUAUAUGUAUAAAUUUAUAAAUAAAUAUUGUACUAUUACAUUAAGAAUGAGACUAAACAAGCUGUCUGGGUAAUUUAUAAAAAUGCAUAAAAAAAAA